CAAAACAGCUUCUCCCUUUCCACUAUACGAUGCCAGAACAAAGGGUGCCUCUUUCCGCCGCUCCGAUGUCCAUCGCCCCGUCCUCCAGCACCUCGACCAGUGCAAGUACCGUACGUCCUGUGCGUCCAGCUUCCACCGCGUCGUUGCGCCACCCGCAACAGCAACAACCCCGGACCCAGCCACCAGCAUCUGGCGCCGGAAGUGUAGCGCAGUCCAGAAGACAAUCCGUCGAUACGUUCAUGCCCGAGUCUCAGCCGCCUUCGCCUAUAACUUACUUUCCGAAUCCCUCGACCUUUGCAAGCGGCCCGAAUAACAACGCCAACUCCAUCUCGUCUCCAGCAAACUCUACCUCAACGUCACCAACAGUGUCGAUCUCCCACAUGGCCAGCACAGAUUCCGACGAUCCGUCAGCAGCUCAGGCCGUAUCGACAAGCAGCAUCGCUAGAACACCACGGCUGAACCCCGUCGCAACCUCCAAUGUCAUUGGCCUAGAUAUCGGUGCACCUUCCCCACGAGUCCAGGCUUCAAGAGGCCAUGGCGGCCACGCACAGACGUCUUCGGGGACAACGUCAAGCACUAGUGGCAGCGUAUCGAGCAUCAUCGACCAUCAGUCCAGGCGAAGAGGUUCAGGCAGGGUGUUCAGCACGCCGGGAGCAGGUUACAGCGCGACUCACCCAAAUAUUGGACUUGGGCUCGGCCCCACUCCUUCGAGAUCAGGGACUGGGUCUACUAGUACCACGAUCAAUGACGCCGCUUUGUCAAGUCCUCGGCGUAUCUCGACGUCUCGGGGAUUACAUGUACCACCUCAAACAGCGGCACCCCCUGUGGGUAAUCUGGGUUUACCAACCCACGAGGCAUACUACUCGGUCAGUCAACCCGCCAGCGCGGCUACACCAAGGUUUAGAGAUAAAGGGAUUUAUGCAUCUGGUGGAUCAGGAGGACUGCAGCACUAUUCAUCAAGCAUUGCCGGCUAUCCAUCAGGAUCAUACGGCGCCAUUCACCAGAAUCAGCCCUCUAGAGACCUUGCACCCACAUCAGCGAUGGGUACUAGUAUGCACUCGCCUUUCCCGUCACCCGAAGGGUCGGUUCUGAAAAGGUUGAAGAAGAAAGCUAGUAAUGUUGGAUUGGGUCUCGGAAGACCGGAUAACUAUGACGAUGAAGCAGUUGGGAGAAGAGGGGAUGAGGAUGAGUUGUUGGAGGAUAAUGAAGGCGAACGGGCGAAUGGCACAAGAGUAUGGUACAGCUCCUUUGCAACUAUUGAUUGGAUCCAUGACGCAAUCAAGGAAUCGUCACGAGUGAGGAGACUGAGGAAUGCCGCUUCACGUUCUCUCCGCGGCAAGAUCGCAAAUACAUGGGAUCGCUUCCAAGGAUGGCUUGUGGUUACUCUCACCGGUAUCAUAACCGCCCUUAUCGCUUUCCUCAUCAUCCGUGCGGAGAUGGCAUUCUUUGAUCUGAAAGAAGGGUUCUGUUCGACAUCCUGGGGCACCGCCAGACGGUUUUGUUGUGCACCGAGGCACCAGUCACCAGGAAGUGAUGGAGGUGAGGACGAAUGUUCAGACUGGAUUGAGUGGGGUCAGUUCUUCAACCCUAAAGAAAAAGAUGGGCCAUUUGGCGGCUGGGUGUAUGGAGGACCCGAAUUCAUGGCCUAUGCUACUGUCGCACUCUUGCUAGCGGUGACUGCCAGCUGUAUGACAGUUUAUCUCUCUUCAUCCGCUCACCAUACCACCUCGAAAGACUCUACAUUCCUCACUCCACCGUCUAAAAUUCCAACAGCCAAACAGUCCACCGCUUCCUCCCCUACCAAACGUACCGCCUCUCUCCCGUACGGCCCUCAUAACGAAUGUCAGCCCCUCCUCGAUUCGGUCGCUAAUGAACCUCCUACACCUUUGAUCGAAUCGCCUCCCGAAACCUUUCGUAAAGUCAUGUUCUACGCUGCUGGCUCUGGUAUCCCCGAAAUCAAGACGAUUUUGAGCGGGUUCGUCAUCCAUGGAUAUCUUGGCGGAUGGACUCUGCUCACUAAGAGUGCGGGAUUGGCGUUGUCCGUCGGGUCUGGUCUGUCAUUGGGGAAGGAAGGACCAUUAGUCCAUAUGAGUAGCUGUGUUGGCAAUAUCGUAUCUAGAAUGUUUCUCAAAUUUGAAUGUAAUGAAGCCAAGCGAAGGGAAGUCCUUUCGGCUGCUUGUGCGGCUGGUGUAGCGGUGGCGUUCGGUGCACCCGUCGGUGGUGUCUUGUUCUCUCUGGAAGAAGUCUCCUAUUACUUUCCGCCCAAGGUCAUGUGGAGAAGUUUCUGGUGCGCUGCAAUUGCUGCAAUCACGCUCAAAGCAUUGAAUCCGUUUGGCAACGGAAGCCUGGUACUGUUUGCCGUGACGUACACCAAAGAGUACCACUAUUGGGAAUAUAUCAUCUUUGUAGUCCUUGGUGUCUUUGGCGGUUUGUAUGGUGCGGUCUUUGCUCGACUGAACAUUAUCUGGAGCAGACAUGUGCGGAAUGGGACUUGGCUGAGGAGACAUCCCAUCUUUGAAGUUGUACUUGUCGUGUUGUUGACAACAAUAGUGUCUUUCUCAAAUCCAUACACCAGAAUGGGCGGCACUGAAUUUGUGGCCAGCUUGUUUGAGGAAUGCAAUUCAUCUUCUUCAAGCAGCCUCUGCGUCAACCACCCUCAUGAGCUCGCCACCGUGAUCUGGGAAGUUUUCAUGGCCCUGAUCAUUAAGGGCUGUUUGACGAUCAUCACCUUUGGCAUCAAGGUUCCAGCUGGCAUUUUUAUCCCCUCUCUCGCUGUUGGUGCUUGCUUUGGCAGAAUCGUUGGCCAUAUGAUGGAGUACAUCGAAUUCACCUAUCCUGAAUUGUCAAUCUUCAACGUCUGCAAAGACACUGAUUGUAUUGUACCCGGUGUUUAUGCCAUGGUCGGAGCAGCAGCUACUUUGGCAGGCGUUACACGCACGACGGUGUCACUGGCUGUUAUCAUGUUUGAACUCACGUCAACGCUCAAUUAUGUUGUGCCAGUGAUGUUAAGUAUUUUGAUUGCAAAGACCGUGGCAGACGGGUUGGAGAAGAAGGGUAUUUACGACUUGGUCAUUGACUUAAACCAGUUGCCUUACCUUGACUCGAAACAUGAAUACCUCUGGGGCUCUCGCCGCGCAUAUUCUGUAGCCGAUCGCUCUGUUCCUCAUCUGCGCGCAGAUAAACCUCACACAGUGAGAUCGCUCACCGGUAAACUGCUUGAACUCGUGCGUUUGGGUAUGGAGGAUACUGGAUUCCCUGUCUUGGUGAAGGAAAUGACUAGUGCUGGAGGGCCAGGUACCAGUGCUGGUGUUGGAUUGGAAGGGGGGAUCGGUAGCGGGAGAGAAAGGAGCUGCCUUAGGGUGGUUGGGUUCUUGGGUAUCAAUGAAUUGGAACAUGCUCUUUCUGAGCUAGCGGAUGAGCCUGAUGCUGCGAUCAAUCUCAUUCCCGACGAUGCUUCACAAGCGAGGGUACGCAGUAGUGCAAUGUCAAUCUUCAGCUUUGCCGACUCGUUUGUCGAUAACGUGUGGAAUCCAUGCGACCUCAGUCGAUACAUCGAUCAAGCGCCGAUAACUGUACAGAUACACUCUCCUCUUGAACUGGUGCAGCAGUUGUUUGUCAAACUCGGAGUCAGGCAGGUCAUCGUCGUGAACUCUCGGGGUGUGUUUCAGGGCAUAAUCACCAAGAAGGCUUGGCUGAACUUCCUGAGCGAGUUGGAGGAAGGCACAGGACAUUGAAGUGUUCUUUAUUUGUAAUCUAUUAGUCAUUUCGCUUAGAAAGCGUAGACUAUCAUUUUUUACGACUGUUUUUAUGACCGCCAUUCUUGUUUCAUGACUAACGCAUUGCGAUGGGUGUAUUCAUUAUGUACAUACAUAUCUCCAUGCAUGUUUCGA